CCGUUCUUCUUCUCUCUCUUCUGCAGGGAGCUGCAAUUGAAAAGCUUGGCCAUUUUUCUCUUCUGGCUAAUCUGUUGCAGGAAAACCAACCAUGAUUAGCAUUCUUGCUCAGGAGCGGUUACUCGGGGCUACACUGGGAGUCCUUUUUACAGGGUCGAUUGUGUUUGAAGAACGCAGACAAAUAUAUAAUUCCAUUUCCCGUAUUCAAUCCGAGUCUCCUCACCACACUCCGGUUAGAGAACCCAUAUGUGGGAAGAAAUCGCGUUCAGAAUUGGCACACUCAUGGAACAAAACUGUGGACCAGACAUUUGGGCCUUUGAUAAAGUCUCUCAGUUCACGUGGAUGGUAGAAGUGGUUGAUGAGUGCUGUUUUACACUAGUGUUUCAACUUCUGUUUCAACUUUUGUGUGAUACAUGGACAUAAAAUUCUUUGAUCUUCUCUUUAUCUUCUGGAUAUCCUGAAUUGUUAAACGGAUAUGCAUCACAAUGUGUCCUGUGUACUCACGCUGCUUUAAUAUAUGCAACAAGAUGCCCGUUUUUUAAAGCGGGAUUUGCUUGGGUUGGG